AACCAAGCUUUCGAAAUGGAAGAUCAGGAGCAGCAGCUUUUUUUGAUGGAAUUUGUCGUGGACAAGGUGAACAUACCGUCGGUACGCGCGAUGUACGAUGAAAUUCUUCCCUCUGUCACCUGCGUUUCGUUUCAAGUCCUGAAUCUACCGCCGAUAAAUAUCUCUCAGGAGGCAUCGUCCGACGGUUGUACCUGCGUCGGCGGUGACGUCCAGCUCUUCAAAAAGGGAAAAUCCUGUCUAUUCGCCUUGCCGUCGAUCGUGGUGGAAAAACCUCUUCGAGCUUUUCCGGUGACGAUGUCGGUAUACAAAAAACUACCCCCCGGUGUCCUUCCCGACGUAAUGCUCAUCGGUACCUACCAGAUUCAAGUGAAGGAUCUUUUCAACGCGCUACUCAACAAGCACAUUUUUGAGGCUGGUAAUCCCUCUCGCACCAUGAGAGACACCUUCAAAAUAUUCACAGCGACUGGUCAGAACGUCGGCGAGGUUACCGUGUUCAUAAGGGUUUCUUGUUUCGGGAGAAAAAUCGUUACGCAAUUUCAAAUACCGCACAACAAGAAGCCCUAUCUUUUCAAGGGCGUAGCGAACAGCCCCGUUUAUCAAUGUAAAAAGCUUCCAUCCGGUAUGGCCAUACCGGCGCCACCUUCUCCCCCGAAAUGUUGCUGCGCCAGAGAAGCUCGGGCUGUUUCAAGAGGUGGUGGAGGCGAGGCUUGUCCCCCGAAACCGUGUUGCCCGACAUAUCAGGCCUCGGGGACCGCUUUUCGAUCACCGAGAAAUUACAAACCCCCCGAUUACGGAACGAUAUCCUUCGACGGCGCAUCCCCUCCGGGACUCUUUGCUCCCUCUUUCGGCUCGCCGAUUCGGAAGUGCGGAUGUCCGAUUAAAGAUUUGGAGAAAAGUAUCAACUGUUGCAACACGAAAUGAUCACGAAGAUCGAUGGAUAUGAAAGAAGGAUCAUCGGGGUGGUGUUGUGAAACGAAAAAUAUACUUUUUGGAAAUUAUAUACAAAUUUUUAUUCAUUCAGUUACAGAUGAAUCUUUAUGGAAUCAGAAGUGUAACGAAAUACGUAUCAUGUGAAAACUUUUUUGCCGUAUUCGUGAGUCUUAAUAUUUGAUUCGCACAGCGGUUUUUUCCAGUCACAUUUUUUUUAGUCAUAAUCUGACCCAAUUUAUUUAACGAAGUACAUCCGAGAACUACACUGAUGAUUGGUUAAGGUCACCAUCAUUUGCGAAACCUCCUUGGAUAACUGAUAUUCUGACUCAUGCAAAUGCGAACCCCAGAUACAAUGAAUGCAAGCUGAUAAAAUAAAUCGAAACUUAAAAUAAAACAUCUAUUUCCUAAAUUGAAGGACUCUCACUUCAAUUUAUAAGGGGAUGCUAAUGCUAGCGCCAUCCCUUGGAAUUUCGAUGUACGAUGAGGGUUGAAAAAAAGCGGAGCGCCUAGCGCUAGGCAAUCUGAUCUCAGGAAUCCGAAUCUGAAAAAAAAAUUGAUCUAUCUCGCUUUUUUUACCAUGAAUUUGAGAAUAACUCUGCGUCAAAAUGAUCGAAUUUUUUAGUCUACGAGCAAACCCGAGCUUUGCU